AGGGGAGGAAGAGAAGAGAGGAGAGUAAUAAUGAGAGGAAGAGAAGUCAGACCAUAGAAUCAGAAGAGACAAACUGACAGAACUGUGCAGGGAUGGAGCCGAGUGUUAUUGCAUUGUUAGUGUCGGCAGGAGGAAUUGUGGUUCUCCUCAUCUUCGUCUAUGUCACCUUUCUCCUGUGUCCUGCAGCCUACCUACGGGCCUACAACUGGUACCAGCGUCGCAAGCUUGGACUGGUGACCCGCUUCUCUCACAGUGGAAGUUACCGUUUCUGUUAUUUCACCAGCGUUACGCCAGCGGUCAACACUCCGUCACUGCUUCUGCUGCACGGCUUCUCUGCCACCAAGGACAUGUGGUUGCCCCUCAUCAAGUACCUGCCCAAAAAUCAGCAUGUGGUGGCUAUGGACAUGCCUGGACAUGGGGGGACGGCUCGCACUGUUGAUGACAACUACAGCAUUGAGUGUCAGGUCACCAGAGUCCACCAGUUUGUGCAGAGUAUUGGUCUCGAUAAAAGUCCCUUCCAUCUGGUCGGAACAUCGAUGGGUGGGAAUGUGGCAGGGGUGUAUGCUGCCCGCUACCCGACUUACCUGUCCAAUGUCACUUUGAUUUGCCCAGCAGGUCUGGUUUAUCCCAAAGACUCAGAGUUCGUCACUCUUCUGAAGGAACUGGAGGGAAGUCAGAACACAGACUCCAUCCCUCUGAUUCCCACCACUGUUCAGGAGUAUGAGAACAUGAUGAGACUCUGCUUUCACAAGUCGCUCAACCUCCCCCGACCGGUUCUCCGAGGCCUCCUGAGUGAGAGGAUCCCGAACAAUGGUUUCUAUAAAGAAGUGUUCAUGGAGCUCAUCCAUGAGGAGUCUCGACACUCACUACAGGAAAACCUAAAUCUGAUCACAACACCACUGCAGGUUAUCUGGGGGAAAGAAGACAAGUUGCUGGAUGUUUCAGGAACAACCGUGGUGCAGGCAGUGCUGCCGAACUGCCGGGUGGAGCUGUUGGACAACUGCGGUCACAGUGUGUCGAUGGAACGGCCCAGGAAAGCUGCCAAGCUUAUCAUGGACUUCAUGUCUGUGGGGGAAGUCAACAACCUAGAUGUUAAGAAACAUUCCUGAGUAAAACUUUUGAACUGAAAUGCUGACCACUGACCUCACGUUGAUUACAGUAGACGCUGGAAAAGAGAGUGAUUGUUAUGAUGAAGAUGACGAGCAUAAUGUUAAUGUAAAUUAUGGAAAUUUAGGAUUUUUCCCAUUUCUUCAAUAAAACUAGUCUUAUGUUAAAGGUCUAGUGUGUAACAUUUAGGACGAUGUAUUGGCAUAAAUGUAAAUGCUACUACCUUAAUGUCAGUCAUCAUCUAACCGCUUUAUCCUCCACCAGAGGGUCGCGGGGGGUGCUGUGCCAAUCUCAGCUACAUCGGGCGAUAGGCGGGGUACACCCUGGACAGUUCGCCAGUCCAUCGCAGGGCCACACACAACUAGAGACAAACAACCAUUCACUCUCACGGUCAAUUUAGAGUGUCCAAUUUUACCUAAUCCCCACAUUGCAUGUUUUUGGACUGUGGGAGGAAGCCGGAGAACCCGGAGAGAACCCACGCACACACGGGGAGAACAUGCAAACUCCAUGCAGAAAGGCCCUUGUUCCAACCGGGGCUCGAACCCCGGUCUUCUCGCUGCAAGGCGAGAGUGCUAACCACUAAACCACCGUGUGUCCCUACCCUAUUAGUGUGUAAAUACUUUAAGAUAAUGACUUCUUGCUCCGUCAUGUCUCUACAGCAGCCUGAAUUGACAAACCAGCCAAAGGAAGAGUUUUGCCUUUUAAAGUAGUAAAUGUAGAAGAACGACAUCCUGUCUGGCAGGAGAGGGCAACCAUAGUUCCCUGAUACACUUGGGAAAAGUCAAACUGUAGUAUUACCAUUAGUUACUAAUUCUUACGCAUUAGACCUUUAAGUGUGCUGCUACAUAUUCAUUCUCAUACAAACACAUUUGUAGUGGAAUUCUCACUGUGAAACUUUGUGAAAGAGUUAUGUUAAUGUUUUAUGAAUAGAUCUUAAUCUAUUCAUCUGUGACUCUAAUAUUACAUUAAAGCCUCUAUAAUAAUCUGA